GCAGUUGGCAUCAGUUACUCGUGGCCAGAGUAAAUGGAAAGAUCAAGUGAAAAGCCUACUUUCAGUGGUCUGAAAACCGAGUUGAUGUUUGACAAAAAACUGUGGAAGAACAUAUGAACGUAAAGUCUUCGCUAGUCUAAAAAAGCAAAAAAAAAAAAAAUUGUGAUAAUUACCCAUUGUGAUAAGCGAAUUAAGCAAAGUGCCAAAAACUCUUUAGCGCCAUUAAAAGCGAACAACAAAAUCUAAUAUAUUCCAAAGUUUUUGAGAGAAAUCCAUAAAAAUACAAAACAAGCAAAAUGCCUGAGCUCAUUGAACAAAGCAAAAUUAUCUCCGGCAAUGUGUGCGGUGUGCCCCAGUUGCACAAGUUGCGCCAGGACAAUUGUGGUUUGUACAGCCACAUCCGUGGCAUUCCCAUCUCCUAUGGAAAUGUGGACUCGCUGACCGCCGGAGUGCGCAGCUUCGUGGAGGAGGGAAUCGCCAUGUGCCAGCCCGACCAGGUGCACAUCUGCGAUGGCAGCGAGCAGGAGAACAAGAUGCUCAUCAAGGUCCUGCUGGAGGCGGGUACCAUUGUGCCGCUGCCCAAGUACGAGAACUGCUGGCUGGCCCGCACCAAUCCCGCGGAUGUGGCCCGCGUCGAGUCGCGCACCUUCAUCUGCACGGAGCGGCGAGAGGAGACGAUUCCCACCCCGUUGGAGGGCGUCAAGGGCGCCCUGGGCAACUGGAUCUCGCCCAGCGACAUGGAGGAGGCAGUGCAGCAGCGGUUCCCCGGCUGCAUGAAGGGUCGCACCAUGUACGUGGUGCCCUUCAGCAUGGGACCCGUGGGUUCGCCACUCUCCAAGAUCGGCAUCGAGAUCACCGACUCCGCCUAUGUGGUGGCCUCCAUGAGGAUCAUGACCCGCAUGGGUGCCGCCGUCCUGCGGCAGCUGGCCAAGAAGGAGGAGUUCGUCCGGGCCCUGCACUCGGUGGGUGCCCCUGCCAACGGACAGGUGGAGCAGGCCUCCUGGCCCUGCGAUCCCGAGCGCACCAUCAUCCUGCACAAGCCCGCCGAGAACCUGAUCGUGUCCUAUGGAUCCGGGUAUGGUGGCAACUCGCUGCUGGGCAAGAAGUGCUUCGCCCUGAGGAUUGGCAGCACCAUUGCCAAGCGCGAAGGAUGGCUGGCCGAGCACAUGCUGAUCCUGGGCAUCACUGAUCCCAAGGGCGUGAAGAAGUACAUCACGGCCGCCUUUCCCUCGGCCUGUGGCAAGACCAAUCUGGCCAUGCUGAAUCCCUCGCUGGCCAACUACAAGGUGGAGUGCGUGGGUGACGACAUCGCCUGGAUGAAGUUCGAUAAGGAGGGAGUGCUGCGAGCGAUUAACCCCGAGAAUGGAUUCUUUGGAGUGGCUCCCGGAACCUCGAUGGAGACCAAUCCCAUUGCCAUGAACACUGUGUUCCAGAACACCAUCUUCACGAACGUGGCCUCCACCUCCGAUGGCGGUGUCUUCUGGGAGGGCAUGGAGAGCAGUCUGGCCCCCAAUGUCCAGAUCACCGACUGGCUGGGCAAGCCCUGGUCCAAGGAGUCCGGCAAGCCGGCCGCUCAUCCCAACUCCCGCUUCUGCACCCCGGCUGCCCAGUGUCCCAUCAUCGACGGAGCCUGGGAGGACAGCGAAGGAGUGCCCAUCUCGGCCAUCCUCUUCGGAGGACGUCGUCCCAAUGGAGUGCCCCUGGUGUACGAGGCGCGGGACUGGAAGCACGGAGUCUUCAUUGGCGCCGCCAUGAGGAGUGAGGCCACCGCAGCUGCUGAGUUCAAGGGCAAGGUGAUCAUGCACGAUCCCUUCGCCAUGAGACCCUUCUUCGGCUACAACUUCGGCGACUACGUGGCCCACUGGCUGAGCAUGGAGAAGCGGGGACAGGUGCCCAAGAUCUUCCAUGUCAACUGGUUCCGCAAGAGUGCCGAGGGCAAGUUCAUGUGGCCCGGAUAUGGCGAGAACUCCCGCGUGCUCGAGUGGAUCCUGCAGAGGAUCAAUGGUGAGUCUGGCUUCGUGGACUCGGCCAUUGGACACAUUCCCGCCAAGGGAGCCCUCAAUCUGACUGGCAUGAAGGAUGAGGUGGAUGUGGAGGAAAUAUUCUCGCUGCCCAAGGAGUUCUGGGCGCAGGAGGUCAAGGACAUCCGCACCUACUUCGAGUCGCAGGUUGGCGCCGAUCUGCCAGCCAGCAUUUACCAGCAGCUGGACGAGCUCUCUGUCCGCGUUGCCAGCCUUUAAGAUGGAUCAAAUGAGAAGCCCCAGAACUUAAACAUCUUUACCCGCCCCAAAUACCUGCUCACCAUCCGUACCAUCCCGUACCGACCCACAUACUCACCCCAAUAUGUUAUCCUGUCCUAUAUCCUAUACCCCAACACCUUAUUUAGUCGUUUCUCUAGUGCUUAAGCCGAAGACUUCCAAACUAUUUAUUAUAUAAGCAGCUUUAAGUUUAGAUAGUAAGUCAACCAACAAACAACUGAAAAAAUAAAACAAGACGAUUUUAUAACCUACAAA